GUAUGUCUGGUUGCGGAAACGUGCUUACGUUUUCUCUGAAAAGCGGCAAGCUCGUUUAUAUGUUUCGUCAGCGGUGUUACACAAGCCAUUUAUUGAGAAGAAAUCGGGACGACUAGUUUGAAGAGUGACUAUACAACUAGAAGGAUAUUGGUCGAUCAGUUGGAAGAAAAGUUUAAUUAAUAUUUUAAUUGCAAGAUUACUUUUUUAAUAGUGAAAAAUAAGCAAACGGAAUGGCCGUAGCUGGAUUAAGACUUAUGUAUCACGGUCUCAGUCAGCCGGGGGUGAUGUCUAAACUCACUCAUCAUGGUGCUGAUAUCGGCGUUAGCGCAGUGAAGACGGCAGUGACGAGAACUUGGGCACUGCAAUUUCCCAAAAGAUUGAACUCCACCCAGGCAUACAACUCACAGGUGAAGGAAAACUACGCAAAAGAGGCUGAGAACAAAAUAAACAAAACAAACAAAAUAAACGAGGUCCCACAGUUGCAAAGCAUAGAUCACUUCAGAUCAAGUAAGGCACAAAAACAAGGCAAAGACAAUGGAGCUUAUAUAUUACCUCACCCUAUAUGGAGUGAGGAAGAGCUAAAUUCAGUGGAAAUAACACACAGGGUGCCAGAGAAUUUUACAGACAAGGCUGCAUUUUACAGUGUGAAAAUUCUACGAAACAGCUUUGACAUUUUCUCUGGCUUCAACUGGAGAAAGAGAUCAGAGAAACAGUGGCUGCGACGUAUUAUUUUCCUGGAAACUGUUGCCGGGGUACCAGGCAUGAUGGCUGCUAUGGUGAGGCAUCUGAAUUCCUUGAGAAGGAUGCAGCGAGAUCAUGGAUGGAUACACACACUAUUAGAGGAGGCAGAGAAUGAGAGAAUGCACCUUAUGACAGCUCUACAGAUAAGAAAACCAGGACUUGCUUUUAGAGGGUGUGUCCUUUUAGCUCAAGGAGUCUUUGUGAAUGUGUUCUUUUUGUCCUACCUAAUCAGUCCAUAUUUCUGCCAUCGGUUUGUGGGAUAUCUGGAGGAAGAAGCUGUGAAAACUUACACAAAAUGUUUACAGGACAUAGACAGUGGUUCUCUACCUUGGAAAAAUUCACCUGCACCACCCAUCGCAAAAGAUUACUGGCAAUUACCGCCAGAUGCCAUGAUGCGUGAUGUCAUAUUAGCCAUCAGAGCAGACGAAGCACAUCACCGUGUCGUGAACCACACUUUGGGCUCUUUGAAGGAGGACGAACCUAACCCAUAUGGACCUGGCAGAUAGGGGGGAGGGUUCAAAAGAAAGACUCCUCAAAAACCAUAAGAUCAAAAUAUGAAUUGAUCAAAUGUAAAAAACGAUCAGUGCAUCUGACCUGGCACACAAUACUUACAUGUAAGCCACUGAUGUGCAAAGCAUGUGACAGUGGUGAUAGGUUGAGUCAGAGGAGGCCCUCUUUUCAUUUUAUGUAUCCCCAGAUCGAGUAGAUUUCCUGUGAUAGAUCAUAGGUGUGGUGCAGAUCUAUCAAGUAGAACAUGGUUUGCCUUGUCUGGACUGGGGGAUUUAGACUUAAAAGAACCACUUGGAAAACAGUUCAGAAUUGUUGCUCAUUUUAAAAUAUGCUGAAGCUAUGUCGAAUGGCUUCUAAUAUUUUACCUCAUUUCGGCACAUCAUGGUGCCACAUCACUGCCUGUGGGGAAUGGGAAGUUAUUGGGAGAGGUGGAAUAGUUACUCUGCUUUGAUCACCCAGGCCCGUAGCCAGGGGGGG